UCUAAAUUUUCCCAUAUAGAAAAAAUUAAAAGUUUGAAGAAAUGAUUCCAGCUCUAUUUGAAGCAAUUGCAAGAAAUGACACACGGACUUUCAAGGACUUGGUCCGAUACAAUGGAGGAUCUCUCUUGCAGAAAACUGAGGAAACAGGAAACUCAGUGUUACACCUUGCUGCAAGGUUCGGGCAUGUUGAGCUGGUUGCCUAUAUCAUUAAGCUGCUUCCUGACUUGGUUUCUGUUAGGAACGUUAAGGGAGAAACUCCAUUACACGAAGCUUGUCGCCAAGGGAAUACCAGUGUUGUGAAGCUGCUGUUAGAGGCCAAUCCAUUCGUGACUUGUAGUCCUAACCAUGAGCAAACUGCUUUCUUCAUAGCUUGCAGUUAUGGGAAUGUUGAGGUUGUCAAGUACAUGGCAAACCAACCAGGGGUCUUAGACUUUGAACAACAUGAAGCUUUCAGUCCUCUUCAUUUUUCUAUAGCAGAAGGCUAUGUCGAUAUUGUUAAGACUAUUUUGGAAGCAUGUCCCCGGUUUGCUUGGAAGGUUGACAACAAUGGGUAUUUGCCGCUGCAUUUGGCUUGUGAGAAAGGUCAGUUAGAGAUAACAAAAACACUCUUGAUGAUCGAUCCAAACCUUUCUCUUGAACUCAAUCGCUACCGUUACACUCCACCACACUUGGCUGCAAUGAAUGGUCAAAUCCAAAUCCUUGAGGAACUUCUUUUGUGCUCUCCCAGAUCCUUAGAACUUCGCACAGGAGACGGAGAAACUGUGUUUCAUCUUUCUGUAAGAUUCAACAGAUAUGAUGUGUUUACGUCUUUGACAAAAAAUUAUAACCACACCAACCUGCUCAACCAGGCUGACAAGCAGGGUAACACAGUCCUACAUCUUGCUGUCUCUGCAGGGAACACUAGAUUAUCAGAGUACAUCAUCCGCAAUACUGCAGUAGAUGUUAAUUGUAGGAACCAAAGAGGUCAAACAGCAUUGGAAAUCCUAGACGAGCAAAGAAUAUCGUCUGAUCUUAGACAUACGUUGAAGAGUUUUGGUGGCAGAACAAGUACUAAGCUAUUCUCUUUAACCCCAAAGGUUGAUGAGAUUGAUUCUGGGACUACAACAACAUUAGAAAGUCCUAGAGCUGCACUGGAGCAAGAAUUUGAAAGGCUUUUUGAAUGUAACACGCGUCCAGGAAGUGAUCAAUCUGAUUGUGAAAUUGGCAUGGGGCGUAUGGCUCGGAACAAUCAACAAAUGGAAAACUUCGCUACAGUACAAGCAAAGAUGAAUCCCAGUCAUGAUGUUUUAAUGAAUUCUGAUUUUCUUUUUAGCUCAGAAUCAUAUAGAACAAGUAUGAGCUCCCCAGUCUUGAAUCCACAGCUGCUUCAAAAGCCAAGAGGGAAAGUGGAUAAAACUAGGCAAUAUGAGAUAUAUAGAGAGGCAUUGCAAAAUACUAGGAACACUAUCACAAUAGUUGCUGUUUUGAUUGCCUCAGUUACUUUUACUGCUGGCAUAAACCCACCUGGUGGUGUCUACCAGGAGGGAUGGCUUAAAGGACAGUCAACAGUUGGCAGAACAACAGCUUUUAAGGUCUUCACAAUAAGCAACACAGCGGCAUUGUUCAUAUCUAUGUGCAUUGUCAUUGUGUUGGUGAGCAUCAUUCCCUUCCGGCGAAAAUCACUGAUGAAACUACUUGUGGUUGCUCACAAAGUCUUGUGGGUGGCAGUGUCACUCAUGGCCACAGCUUACAUUGCAGCCUCAUGGAUAAUCAUACCACAUGGACGUGGUGAAGGAGAAAAUUGGACCCUUGAAGUUCUGAUAUCUGUAUGUGCAGGGACCAUGGGAUCUGUUUUUUUCUUUCUUGGUGUCACAUGGACUAGACACUUAUUGAUGAAAAUGAAAUGGAGGAAACAGAUACGUAAGACUUCAGAGAAGAGAGCACAAAGACAAGCAGCAAGAGCACAGAAACGAGCACAUAAAAGGGCACAGAGAAGAACAGAGGAAACACCAGAAUACAGUUCAUCAGUAUCCACGAACUCCCAUGCUGAGAGUUUCGAAGAACUAGGAUAUCAUACAUACUGAAUUAGAAGAAGUGGAGAAAUUGUGAUCUUCCCAAUUCAAAGUUAGGCUAAUAGGCUUUCGCUAGACUUCCAAUUCUGUAAAUUCUUAUCAUUAGUGUAAACGAUCAGAUUUGAUUGGAAAAAAAAGGCCCAAACUUAGAACAA